GGCGGAGUGCGUUUGAUUGUUGCAGGGCUCAAUGGCGGACAGAGCAGGGCAGUCGUGUUAACACUAGAGGACAAAAACCCUUCAUUUCUGCCGUGUGAUCCAGUCAUCCUCGGGGGAAACGACUUCUCCCUUUGCAUCGACUUCUUCCCCCCCCCCGGUAUUGUGGCGUUGACCGUCCCGAGCGGAGUUUCGAGGCGGUUCACGGUGGCUCCCUGACGUGCAGCUUGCGAAGGAACCACCAUGGGCGACUCUCUGGAGCUGAUCGGGAAGCGCCUGCUGCUGCUGCUCGACGAGGGCAGCUCCGCCAACGGCUCCGGCUCGGAGCCCGCCGCCCGGGACCGGGACUGGCUCCGGGGCACCGUGAGGGCGGUGAGCGUGAUCGGCCUGGCCGCCCCGGAGGUGAGCGGAGCCGCGGAGGCGACACAAACCCCCGCCACCGCUGCGGGGCUGACGGUGUUCGUGGAGUUCGAAAAUGCAUCGCAGCGGUGUUCUUGGGUGCAGGUGUAUGACGAUGGGGUGAAGGCCGUGUUGGUUGAAGACUCCAUAGUUUGGGCCAGUCGUAAUGAUGGUACCAGGACAACUGGAGCUCCAGCCUCAGCUGCAGCCUGGCCUGCUCUGGUUUUCCGCUCACUAGUGGACAGAGUGGGUUUAGGAUCACUGGUUCCUGUGGAGUAUUUUGGAAACAAGAAUUUUGAGUUCUUGCCAGAUAAUAAAACUGUCCAGAGGUUUGAGGUUGAUAAAGACUUAAGACACCCAUUGCUGCUGGAACAUCCCUCUCUGCAGGGAGCCGUCUCCAACUGGCGCACAGACUUUGAACUGCAGGAGAUCUUCAGAAAGGGUUCAUACACCAUUCAAGGACGCAGGGUUCGUGUGUACCAACCAGAGUUUGAAGAGUGCUGGGCCUGUGGACUGGUCUCCCAGCAUGACCCUAUCUCUCACAUUAUGGAGAUUACCUUAGAUAAGGGAGACGAAAAUCAGAUGGUAGAUCCUCGUGUGAUACAUGUCAUGCUAACAGAAGAGGAGCUUGGAAAGAAUGGGCGACGGAGGAGGGACAGUGAAACCAUGAAGGGAGAUGGUGGGCGCAGACGUAGAACUGCCUCCGAGGGUGAGGAUGAUUUGAACUUGAAACGGUUUAAAGGAGCUGGAGAUUCUGAAACGGAUGCGCAGAGCUGUGGUGACUCCAACGUAACUCCAGUGGAAGGGAUGGGGAUCUGGGCUGGAGACUCUGGCGAAAGAGUUAGCAGCACAAUCAAGAAUGGAAGUUCUGUGGAGGGAAGUUCUCCUCAGGGGAGAGUAUCAUCCCCAAACUCAAACGCCCCGCUCCAGAUGGCCCAGCCAAACACUACUUCUCUUCGUAAUCCUGCGCAUGUCAAAGAAAAUGGUCGUAUGCUCCCAACACAAGGAGCAGCAGACUCCACCACCACCAUUACUCACACCCCCACUCCACCUCCCCUCAAACCAGCCCCCUCCCCUUUCUCCACCACAUCUUUUCCCUCAUUAGGUCAGAUGCCAAUCCUGGUUCCUGGAGCUCCGGCCCCAAAAGCCUCCCCCUCCCCACAACCAGACCGAGAAGAGGCCUGCCAGUCCACUUUCUCUAAAACAGCUGCCCUCGUUUCCCCGGGGCCUGUCACCAUUUCCUGGUCGCAAGAGAGUGGCCCCAGUGUGGCGCUGUCUGCAUCCGUGGGUUUAAGCCCUAAAGCGCCAACCUGGGGGAACCUGACUGAGGGAUCCAAAACUGCAUCGGAAUUUAGUUUUUCCCAAGCUGGCCCGACUGCUUCUGUAUUUGGAGAUGUCACCUCUCAGACCAAUGGAGCUCCUACCACAGCCAGCAAGGACACUCCCAAGUCUUUUGGCUUCAGCUUUAGAGGAGGUAAUAAUGAGAGUUCAACUAAGAAAGACCAGAACCUGUUUUUUCAGUGCAUGACCCAGAAUUCUGCCACAAGUCCAAGCGCAAAUGCUGGUCAGAUUCAGUCCAAGGACAAAAAUUACUUUACUGCAGUUUCUGAGAGUCUGAGUAAAGAGCCUCCAAGCCUUUUCAAGCCAGCAAGCUCCACUGACGGAGUGAAAAAGUCUGAGCUGUCUAAAGUGCCUGAAGCCCAUCCAGCGGGAAAUGGUGUGUUGAACAAAUCAUCAGCCUUCCAGGGGGGUUCUGGCUUAACUGUCGGUGGUCUUGGUGUGGCUUGUGCAACUAAGCAGAACAGUAACGAUGGAACUUCUGCUGGAGGCUUAGGACUGCAGUCGAGUUUUAAUUCCUCAAAUAGCCACCAGAACAUUUUUCUACAGGCCUCCAAAGAGUCUGCUAAUCCGUUUCUGGCAUACGGGGAUAAAACAUCACACACAUCUUUUGUUGGCCUUACUGGGACUGAGCCGCAAAGUCCGGGUGUGGCCUCAGACAGCAAGCCCAACCUGUUCACCAUGGCAGAGCCACCUAAGGGAAUUCUGUCCUCAGAUUUCCAAGCAAUGUCCACAGCUGGUUCAGUGAGCUCAACCUCCUCUCCUGCACCGGCCUCAUCUCAGACACUGAUAAGCGAGAGGACUGUUGUGAAGGAGGAUCAAGAAGCUAAUGAGAUGCCCACAUCCACUUCGGGAUGCCCCAUGUUUGGAAGUACUGACCCUGGUGAAAUGGAAGAAGUGCCUGUGUCUUUUGACCAGAGCCAGUCUCAGAAGUUUAGCCUCGAGGAAAGAGGCCAGUCAUCUAAACGUGACUCUGACUCCAGCAGCAACAGUGACCUGUCAGACCUUAGUGAGAAUGAGGAGGGCCCCGAGAAAGGCCAGGAACCAGGAGGGCCUCCGGGCGGCAAGGCUGGAGCCCUGCUGCAAAAAACUAAGGCCCAAGGGGCUGUUAAGGGCCGUCCACGUAACAAGCCUUUCAAAGUGGGCCAAUCUGUGCUGAAAGAUCAGAGCAAGGUGCGCCGUCUGAAGCAGUCCGGUGAGUCUUUUCUUCAGGACGGCUCCUGCAUCAGUGUGGCUCCUCACUUGCACAAGUGCCGCGAAUGCCGACUGGAGCGCUACCGGAAAUACCGAAAUACAGAGGACGAGAGCGAUGAUGACGACGACCCUAAUGUUGCUUGUCGGUUCUUCCACUUUAGAAGGUUGGCUUUUACACGCAAAGGUAUACUACGCGUGGAAGGCUUCUUAAGUCCUCAACAGAGUGAUGCCAUGGCUAUGGGUCUGUGGUUACCUGCACCAGCUGUCCAAGAGGGCCUCGAUCUCGAUACAUCCAAGUACAUCCUGGCGAAUGUUGGAGAUCAGUUCUGUCAGUUGGUCAUGUCUGAGAAGGAGGCCAUGAUGAUGGUGGAGCCUCACCAGAAAGUGGCGUGGAAACGGGCGGUGCGAGGUGUCCGAGAAAUGUGCGAUGUGUGUGAAACAACCUUGUUCAACAUCCACUGGGUGUGUCGCAAGUGUGGCUUUGGGGUGUGCCUCGACUGUUAUCGGCUGCGCAGAAACAGGCCAAGAGAAGAUAUGGAUGAAACUCCAGAAGAUGACGUUUUCUCUUGGUUAAAGUGUGCCAAAGGUCAACCUCAUGAGCCACAAAACCUCAUGCCUACACAAAUUAUACCUGGGACAGCUCUUUACAACAUAGGUGACAUGGUGCACUCUGCCAGAGGGAAAUGGGGUAUUAAAGCCAACUGUCCCUGUGCUAGUCGCCACACAAAGCCACUAGUGCGCCCUCUUGCCCCCAAUGGGAUUUCACAGCAGUCUACAUCAAGCAGCGGUGGCCUUGCAGCUUCAGCGUCUGGUACAGGCAUCUCUCCAAAAACAGAGGGAGAGACAUCAGUGAUCAAAACAGAAAAUACACAAACAACUACGCCUUCAGACAGUGGGGGUGGGGAAAGCGUGGGGAGUACCAGCAGCACCACCACUGGUUUAUCUUCCCCCUGUAAUGUCACCCAGACUUCAGUCAAAGAUUCACGGUCAUCAGGAGAGGGAAACAGCUCUGCUCUCCACUGGCUCGCCGAUUUGGCCACACAGAAAGCCAAGGAUGACACUAAGGAAUCUGGUUCACUGCGCUCCAUGAUGAGUCGAGAAAGCCGGCCUCCCUUUGGCCUGGACUCGCUCAGUGCCCUGUCAAAGCCUUCAGCUUCCAGCCCGAAGCUAUUUAACAGCUUGUUACUGGGCCCCAGCAUGACCCAGUCUAAACCUGAGGGCUCAAGUCUCCGGGACCUGCUCAACUCUGGACCGGGAAAACUGCCUCAGGGCCCUGGGGAGAGUGGCGUACCUUUCCCUUCAGUUUUUACCUCAGCAAGUAGUGACAAGCUGAAGAGCAGCCUGCCGAACUUCCUGGAUCAUAUCAUCGCCUCAGUUGUGGAGACUAAAAAGGCGGAGGGCCGUCGCUCUGGAGCCUCUGAAGGUGGUGAACUUGGCGUUUUGGGGGCUCGUAAAGAUGGAGUAAUGGGUCUUAGUGUCUUGGAGCCACAUACCUCACACUCCUGGCUCUGUGAUGGGCGACUCCUCUGCCUACAAGAUCCUGGCAACAGCAACAACUGGAAGAUUUUCAGAGAGUGCUGGAAGCAGGGACAACCUGUGUUGGUGUCAGGGAUACAUAAACGCCUGAAAGGUCAUUUGUGGAGGCCUGACGCUUUCAGCAAGGAGUUUGGAGACCAGGAUGUAGACCUGGUGAACUGUAGAAAUUGUGCUAUUAUUUCUGACGUGAAGGUGCGAGACUUCUGGGAUGGCUUUGAGAAGAUCGCCAAACGACUGCAAGAUGCUGAUGGCCAACCCAUGGUGUUGAAAUUAAAGGACUGGCCUCCAGGUGAAGACUUUAGGGACAUGAUGCCCACAAGAUUUGACGAUUUAAUGGAAAACCUCCCCUUGCCUGAGUACACAAAAAGAGACGGUCGUCUUAACCUCGCCUCCCGUCUGCCCAAUUUUUUUGUGCGUCCUGAUCUUGGACCAAAGAUGUACAACGCUUAUGGCUUGAUCUCGAGUGAAGACAGGAAGGUGGGGACGACUAACCUCCAUCUGGAUGUGUCCGAUGCGGUCAACGUCAUGGUUUAUGUUGGCGUCCCUCAUGGAGAAGAUAACCAGGAGGAAGAGGCAGAAAUCUCUGGACGCAAAGAGGUCAUGACCACCAUUGACGAGGGCGACGUGGAUGAAAUGACGAAGAGGAGGGUUCACGAGGGAAAGGAGAAACCUGGAGCUCUGUGGCACAUCUAUGCUGCCAAGGAUGCUGAGAAGAUCCGGGAAUUACUCCGCAAGGUGGGAGAAGAGCAAGGUCAGGAGAACCCUCCAGACCACGACCCCAUUCACGACCAGAGCUGGUACCUGGACCAGGUGCUCCGCCGCAGGCUCUAUGAGGAAUAUGGUGUCCAGGGCUGGGCCAUUGUACAGUUCUUAGGAGAUGCUGUGUUUAUCCCUGCUGGCGCUCCACACCAGGUACACAACCUGUACAGUUGUAUCAAAGUGGCAGAGGACUUUGUGUCUCCUGAGCACGUGAGGCACUGCUUCAGACUGACACAGGAGUUCAGACACCUGUCCACAACUCACACAAAUCAUGAAGACAAGCUACAGGUGAAGAACAUCAUCUAUCAUGCAGUGAAGGAUGCUGUUGGGACACUGAAGGCUCAUGAAUCUAAAAUAGUUCGCCCUUAGUCCCGGUCCCUGAACAACGAGCCACUGAAGACCACUCCACUACGUACACACAGUAUACAUCACAUACCAACAUAAGUACGAGCUGCUGCGUGCAGAGUACAACGAUAGUGUAGGUUGUUUGGGACAGUUUAAGUCUGGGAUUUAGGAUCGAGGACAUUUUAAUUUGGGGGGGGAGGGUUUAGAAGGGGAGGGACUAAUCAGCGCUUCGAUGAAGGAAGUCCUUUAUCGCUGUUACACAGUACGCUCAAACUUGUCUAGUUGUUUUUGGAAUUUUCCUUUUUUUUGCCUUUUUUUUGCUUUUGUUUUUUCGAUUAAAAAUUGUAUUUAAAGUCAGUGUGUUCGGUUUUCAUUGUAUAUGUAAGAUGUGAGUGUAAGGGAGGUAAAAGCUGACGUGCCUUUGGAGCAGAGGUUCAGCGUCAAUUUAAAGCAACUGACGAAAUGUGAGUACUGGGCUAACUUUCCUAUUUCAAUGACAUUGGUAUUAUUUCUUUUUAAUAGGAGCAAGGUUAACCUGUUUUUGUAGAUUUUUUUUUGAAGUUUUUAAACAGCUGAUUGUUUCUGCCCUUUGUGGCUGAAAUUAAUUGUGGAAGCAGCCAGUCAAGGGAAGCAGACCAAAGUUUUGUAUUUUUAGUUUUCUUAUUUCUCUUGUAAAGUGAGAAAUCUUUUUUUUUUUUCCUUUUUUUUAAUACACUGCAAGAUAUUGAUCAGAAGAGCUUCAGAGAAGGCUGUUUUAUUUUCAUCUGUCUUUGUCCCAUGGGUUCAAUGAACUGCAGACUUCCAACAACAUUGUUCAAGAAUCACAACUGCAGGUGAACAGAACUACUGGCCAUUAACAUUGUAUCAAUAUAUAUAUUGAUCUUAGCAGUCUGUUUGAUUUUUCACAAUAAAGUUUACAAAAACUC